AUGCGGAAAUUACUGCUAUCCUUAUUUCUUUUUAAUCAGAGAGAAGUGAGAGCUGGAGAUUACGAAGCAGCGCACUAUCAGAAUCCGUAUUUGUACGAUGAUGAGUUUAGUAUUGAAGAUUUGUAUGAUGAUGUCCCAGAUUUGAGAGAAUUCCCGAAAAACACGAAGAUUAAUUGUCACGAGGACAAGAAAAGCAAUUUUGAACCCGAUCCUUAUGCAUUUGUGGCGCUGAUCACAAACGGUCCCGAGUCCUGCAAUGGCUAUUUUCUUGAAAAUGAUUUGGUCUGGACGAAUACUUUUUGCUGCACUGGACUUGGCAGCGAUGAGGGCAAUGCGAUUGUUACCCAAAUUCCUCAACUCUCGAAUUCCGGACCGAACUGCUACGUUGGUGGUUGGUACUGGGACGAUUGGACGGAAGAUUGGGCGCUGGCAAAAGCUCCCGUUCAGCAAGUCUUUUCAAAAGAAUGCUCUUAUGGUCUCUCGACAUUCAUCGAUGAACAAGAAAUCUGCGUUAUCGGAGUCGGAUUUUUGCCCAAACCAGACAGCACGAUCUGCAAUUUAUUUACAGGAAUGCCUCUUGUAUGCAUUACUCCAACACUGAACCAGCUCAGUUUUGUUGGCGUUGCUUCUUAUCCAGUUGGCUGCGCUGUGCCAGGACAAGACAUCGGAAUCUGGGAAAUCGCAACAGAAGAACUCCUCGCAAGGGCCGAGCAAGAAUUUAUGAGUUACCGAAGACAGAUACCAUCAUCGGCAUCUUCAAGUGCUAGAAAAAUCCCUGUUUUAUCAUCAAGAAAACCGAUUGACAAGAAAAAAAUGAAAGACAAGGAGCAUAAAAAUCCUUUUGCUUCUAAAAAAGAAAAAGCCGAAGAACCGGAAAUUUUGAUGGUGCACGAUUUUGUCAUUACAACAACAGAAACUCCAGAAUCAAUCACAGAAGAGCCUGAAAUCCCUGAAAUCAAGGAAGAAAGCCAGCAAGAGGCUCGAAACUCUCGAAAUUCUUCUUUUUGGAAAUUCGAGCAGCCAGAAAGCUGCUCUAAGUUCCUGAAAAAGUCCGAAAACACCUGCCCCGAUUUCACUGAAUGCAUUGAAAAUACCAUCCCAAAUUUGAAAGUUCAAUCGAAAAAGAGCAAAAAUGGAAAAUACAGCGGACCUAAUGAAAGAAAAACGAUCUAUGAGGUCGGAUGCGAAGAUGGCCACAUUCCAGGAACAAGAAAUACUGAUGAUGUUUCAAUCCAGUGCAAAUGCAACGACGAAAAUGGUUGUUUCUGGGAGCCCUCCGUUAUCAAUUUUCAAUGCUUUCCUUAUGGAAUGUGCAAAAAUAUCCGACAACUGGAAUGGAGCAAUAUUUCUCAAAUGUCAAAAUAUUACGAAUCUGAUGUCGGCGAUGAGAUUCAUAAAUGGCUUGCGCUUCCAAUCGAUGAUGUCUUUAUAAACGGCACUGUAAUUGUCCAGAUCAAGGACAAGCUUCCACCUCAAGAUGUCACCUUUGUCGGCUGGAACAUGAAUCUCGUUGCAGAGUUCUGCGAUCAAGAAACAACCGUUUUGCAUUACACCGCCACCUCUGAACAUACCCUCCUCCAGAUCAAAUACAAAUUCGAAAGUAUCUCUCUCGAUCAGCUUCUCCCAGCUAAAAUAGGAAAACUACCGGAAAUCGACGAGAAACUGGGAAACUGCGUUUUUAGCUUGAUUCCUUUAUAA